AACCUCACAAUCAGUAGGCUAUGGCUAACUUCAUACAAUCGAAGCUGCGAAGUCCUAGUUUCUAGAAUUUCUAUUUUCUUAAGAAUACCUGUGUUGAUGUACAAAUAAACAAAUAUUUUAAAGCUGUAUUGUUGUAAAUAGUGUACAUGCAGUAUGUUACUUUGACACAGUAUCCCGUAGUGAUGAUAAAUACAAGGUCAAAUCUGUUUGACAGGAGAUCAACUCGCUUCAUUCGUACAGUUAUGACUCGCAUUUCGCAGUGAUUAGGACGUCGUCGAAAAAUGGCAGAAACAAAAACCACAACUAACAGACCCAGUACAGACAGUCCGGAGCCGAAUUGUGCUAUAUGUCUAGGUAGUUGCACAAAUAAAUGCUUUUCAGAUUCAUGUAUGCAUCAAUUUUGUUUCAAAUGCCUUUUGGAGUGGUCUAAGAUUAAAGCCGAAUGCCCCUUGUGUAAGCAACCAUUCAGGUCAAUCAUACACAAUGUCAAGUCAAAUGAUGAAUAUGAUGAGCAUGUUGUUGAAACAAUUCCUACAGAAGAGCUCCAUAUCGUCGAUGAACAGUACAUGUAUUUGCCCACCCAGCCCACGAGGCACCAAUUUCAUUUUAGGACAACAUUUACUGUUGAUACAAGAGGAGAACACGCAAUUCAGCAAAUGUUACUCACACAUCCACUCACCAAUGGAGGAAUUUCCAUUGCAUAUCCUGGAAGAAGACGAGACACUUCCGCCACUAGCUUCAGGAGGUCGAUCUACAAUAGAAAUUUAUGGGUAACUUCGCCACCAGACGUCACUGGUCGCUACAGAGAUGUCUCGCCCCCAUUUUACAGACAAUGUCCUGCAGCAAGGACACGCCUGGUGCCGUGGUUGAACCGCGAACUCAACGCUCUGCUUUACGAGAACACCCAAUUAAUAAUGCGCUUGGUUGACAUCAUCAUGGAACAACUCCUCAGAUAUCACAUCUGCAGCCGCACAUUCCGAAGCAUUCUAUUCGAAUAUCUGGGUAACAAAACUGACCAUUUCGUCCACGAAUUUUACAAUUUUAUGCGUUCACCCUUCGACAUGAUCGGUUACGAUCGUCACAUCAUCUACACCGAGAGGCCCAACUCACCGACACCGUUCAUAGACGUUUCUGACAACGAUUCGGACAGCGAUGAUGUUAUCCUGGUGAGCGCCACCAACCCCGAAGAACCCGUCGUCAUCGAUUUAGUGAACACCGACUCCGACGAGCCGAUUUUAGUGUCGGAACAUCCGCCGCCACAACCGCAACAACUUGCUACGGAGAGAACGUCCGAGACUGAAGCACGCACCCCCAUUAUGCCGCUAAAGUUGCGUCUCAAACACAAGAGACAGUCUAGAGAGAAGAGGAUGCGCAGGAAACGCCAUCGUUGCAGAUCGAGCAGCAGCUCGAGCUCCAGUUCCUCUAGCAGCAGCACUAGCAGUACCACCACCAGCACCACUUCGACCACUUCCACCAGCAGCUCCAGUUCCUAUUUCAGCCCAUCCGGCACCGAGUAUAAAAUCUACAAACGAAAGAGGAGGCAGAAGAAGAGGAUCAGGAAGAGGGAACAGCACCCACCGUCGGUUUCGGAAUCCGGUUCGGAGAUGGUUCAGGUGGAGACGUCAGACUCGGACGACGUUCCCCUAUCGGCCAUUGCUAAUAAGAAAAAGUGCAAGAAGCGACCAAAGAGGAAGCACAUGGUUAAAAAUCCACACAAGGCUUACGUAGUGGUCAACAAUAAAUCUGAAAGUGGCACUUCCAGCGCGGUUAACCAGCCAAGUUGCUCUAGAACUGAUACCAAUCAGUUCGACAACAGAUCUGGUCGUAAGGAUGAUACGUCGAGAAAUGCCGACGUUAACCGUCCGAGUUGUUCCAGUUCGGCAGGUUUUCCGGAGGCCGUGUUCGUAAAAAGCGGUAGUCCGGAGCCUGGUCCUUCCACAUCAUUUUCCUCAAGGAUGCAAAAGUCAUCUAGCAGUCACAGCAGUGACGACGAAGAUUAUACUCCCCCACAGCCGGUUGUCAAAAGUGAAGUGCGUGAAAUUAAGCAAGAGGACAGGCAGACCAAUGGUGAAGGUACCAACGGUCGUCUUAGAAAUUUAUUCAUUAAGAAGGAACAAUCUAGUAACAUGUGGUAUUCAUACUGCAAUUAUAAAUCUGAGAGUGAUGACUAGUGACUGAACAAAACCAAAAAGUAAUUUUCAAGGAUGUUCUACAUGUCAUUAAUUUAACAUUUUCCUUGAAUUUUAUAGAAUUUUUGCAGAGAUGUGGUGGGAAUGAACUCAUUAAAAUUUUAAAUAAUUAAUAUUUUCUACAAAAUCUGAUUACUCAUUCUAUUUUAAAAAUCAUUGUACAUCAUUAUACAAUCUCAUACUUUAAAAUAUACUAUUUUUUACACUGAUCGGUUUUGUAAUUCAUUGUACUAUCUCAUAUUUUCAACCAUGUGUCAAUUUAUAUACUUUAUUUUAUACAUCUUGAUACCGUUUCAUGUUUUAAGAUAUUGUUAGUGUGCAUUUUACUUGAUCUGACAUUCCAUAUCAUUUCUCUGUAUAAUCAUUAUAAAAUUCUUUAAAAAAUUCUGAAAACUAUUUUUUGGCAUUCCAAAACUGAACAACAUAGUUUUAAUUUUACAAGGCUGUAAUAUUUUCUGAAAUCCUGCAGGAAAUAUAGUUGUAUUACAAGUAUGCAUUGAGUAAGUUUCUUAUCUCAUUAAUAGAAUGUCAUGCAAAAUUGUCUGAAGUGUUUUAUUUGUAAAAAAUUAGUUUUAAUUGUAUAGUUAUUUAUAUUUAUGAAAUUAUUUUAUACAUUGUUACAGUUAUACACGACCUAAGAUACAGUAAGUGAUUUGCUAUCGCCUAUAUGGAACAAUGAAUUCUGGAUCCAGUGUCUAGUCUUAGGUCAAAAUAUCAUCUCAUCUUAGGUUUGGAUUUCCAGCAUACUUUUAUUGCUGUUAUUACAAAUCUUUGUAUUUAUUUCCAUUUGUACAAUAAAAAGAACAAAAUAAAAUAUCUUGAAUGAUAA